AUGGCGCCCAAGAAGGAAAAAGCCGCCAAAGGCCGACCAGAGCAGGUACAACUCGAGCUCGAACCCACACCGGAGUGGUUUGCCUCGCGCAAUGCCCUCUUCGAUAAGCGCAAGGCGGAGCAGGAUGCGUGGAGAGCGGAACAGCCGCGUGAAGACAUCACCAUCACCCUCCAUGACGGCAGCGUGAAGCAAGGAAAGAGCUGGGAGACUAGCCCGGCCAACAUUGCCUACGACAUUUCCAAGAGCCUGCUCGAGCGCACCAUUGUCGCUCGCGUCAAUGGCGAGCUGUGGGAUCUGGACCGGCCGUUUGAGGAGAACUCGACCCUCGAACUGGUCGACUUUGAACACCCGGACGGAAAGAAGGUCUUUUGGCACAGCAGUGCUCACGUGCUGGGCGAGGCGUGUGAGCGACGCUUUGGCUGCAACUUGUGCAUUGGUCCGCCCGUCGAUGAUGGUUUCUACUAUGAAAUGGCCCUGCCUGACCAGGCCUCCGUCACCGAGAGCGAGUAUGAGCCUCUCACCAAGAUCGUCAACAAUGUCAUCAAGGAGAAGCAGAAGUUUGAGCGUGUCACUCUCAGCAAGGAGGAUCUGCUGGAGAUGUUCGCAUACAACAAGUACAAGAAACACAUCAUCAAUGACAAGAUCCCCGACGGUACCAGCACCACCGUCUACCGCAACGGCCCUCUUAUCGAUCUGUGCAGAGGUCCUCACGUCCAACACACUGGCCGCAUUAAGGCCUUCUCCAUCAUGAAGAACUCGGCCAGUUACUUCCUCGGCGACGCCAAGAACGACAGUCUGCAACGCAUCUACGGUGUCUCGUUCCCCGACAAGAAGUCCCUCGAAGAACACAAGCACCUUCUUGCCGAAGCCGCCAAGCGUGAUCACCGCAAGAUUGGCCAAGAACAGGAGCUCUUCUUCUUCAACCAAAUGUCGCCCGGCUCAUGCUUCUUCCUCCCACACGGCAUGAUCAUCUACAAUUCUCUCAUGUCCUUUAUCAAGGAGGAGUACUGGAAGCGCGGCUAUCAAGAGGUCGCCACACCCAACAUGUACAAUUCCGAGCUGUGGAAGCGCUCCGGUCACUGGGAGCACUACAAAGAUGACAUGUUCACAUUCGACGUCGAAAAGGACAAGUGGGCGCUCAAGCCCAUGAACUGCCCCGGUCACUGCCUCCUCUUUGCUCACCGCGAGCGCAGUUAUCGCGAGCUUCCAAUGCGUAUCGCCGACUUUGGCAUUCUCCACCGGAAUGAGGCUUCGGGCGCACUCACAGGUCUUACUCGUGUGCGACGUUUCCAGCAGGAUGACACCCACAUCUUCUGCAUGGAGAGUCAGAUCGAGCAAGAGAUUAACCUUCUCUUUGACUUUAUGAUGUCCGUCUACGGCCUCUUCGGCUUCACCUUUAAAUUGAAGCUCUCCACCAUGCCGGAGAACCACCUUGGUGAUGAGGCUACAUGGGAGCGUGCAGAGGCUACAUUGACCAAGGCUCUCGACGACUUCAAGGACAAGACUGGCACCAAAUGGGAGCUCAACCCUGGUGACGGUGCUUUCUACGGUCCAAAGAUCGACGUCACCAUCAGUGAUGCUCUGCGUCGGGAAUUCCAGUGCGCCACCAUCCAGUUGGACUUUCAACUCCCGCAGCAGUUCAACCUGGAGUACCGCACUGAUGAGCAGGCCAAGCCUACUGGAGAGAAAGCAGCACCCACAAAGGAGAAUGCGCCACCCGCAGAGAGCAAGCCUGAGCAGCUCCCUAUCCGCAGCGCACCUGCCGCCGCAGUGGAAGCCGUAUCCACAGCUGCGUCCACGGUUGUAUCAGCAGUCACCGGCUCCACUCCAGAAGCAGACCACAAAGGCUGCGAUCACAGCGCCGUCCCAGCGAUCGACUAUCGCAAGGAACUCACACCAGGCUGUGCCCGUCCCGUCAUGAUCCACCGARCCAUCUACGGCAGUUUCGAGCGCUUCAUCGCCAUCUUGACGGAACACUUUGCCGGCAAGUGGCCAUUCUGGCUCUCGCCCCGCCAGAUCCUCGUCGUCCCAAUCAUGACUUCGGCAAACGACUAUGCUCUUGAGAUUCAGAAGAUCUUCCGUGCGGAGCGCAUGCACGCAGAUGUUGACCUCACCGGCAACACGCUUCAGAAGAAGAUUCGUACUGGUCAAUUGGCGCAGUACAACUUCAUCCUGGUGGUUGGAGCCAAUGAGAUGGAGUCGAGAAGUGUCAACAUCCGCAAUCGCKAUGAUCCGGAGACGCAGAAGAAGGGCGAGGAGAUCUCGCUCGACAAGGCCCUAGCGUUGUUCACGGGAUUGAGGGAUGAGCGAAAGUUGGAUUCCAAGUUGCAGGGCGCUGUUGCUGAGGUCCAGGCUGAGGUUCAGGCUUGA